AUGGCUGAUAAAUCAGAUUGGUUCAUCCUCACCCCCACUUCAUGGCUCUUGGAGAAAGCCGGCUACACUGGGGCCCCGAGUCCGGGCCCGAUGGUAUGGGUAACCUGCUCCCCAAAGCGCCGGCAGGGCCCGCCAGCACAGCAUCCUAAUCACCGUCUCUGACGCAUUCCGCAGUUCAUCCGCCCGGCUCCAGACCCAGCGGCGCCAGCCCCAGCUGGUGGCCUCCCCGCAACCUGUUCGCUGCCGCAUGGCAGACCCGCGAGGCUGGGCCUUCCUGCCUGAGAGCCACUUACACUCAUGGCGCAGGUCCUGUUCCACCCGCCGCCCCCUCCACGCCGCCAGGGCUGUCCCCAACGCACCCGGCUGCACGUAUCCGCCUGCGCCUCUGCCGGACCCCCCGACAGCAUUGACCUCGUCGCCCAGUCGUCGCCCUUGGGCUCUGCGCUUCCAGACCCAGCCGACCGCGGCCAGACCCCGGUGGCCCCGGCCCGCAUCGGCCCCGGAGAGGGCGAGCUCCGCCCGCACCAGCCACGCGCCGCUGUCACUCUGGGGCCGCCGCUACACCCAGACUUCCCGUGCUGCUGGCCCAAGGAGAGCGUGCUGCGACCUCGCGCGCCCAGGCGAAGCCAGCUGCGGCCUCCGCCAAUGCCUGGCAGACUGACUACAGUGGCAGACUUCCAUAGAGAUAUCCUGCUGGGAGGAGAGUGUGGACGCCUCUUAUGGCCCUGCUGCCCCCCCUUGGGUGGGGAGCUGGGUCGAGGGGCCUCCGAAGCGCCUGGCCAUCUCAGUCCAUAG